GAUGAAAUGGAGAAAUUGAGAUUUGCCAUAAAGGAUCCUGAGGCUAUCUCUACUCAUGACCAGCAUAUGCUAUUUGGGAAAUUUGCUCAAAUAAUACAGGAAAAAGAGGUAGAAAUUGAUCGAUUAAAUGAGCAAAUUAGAGACUUUCAUCAACAACUUAGACUUACAACAGAUAACAAGGAUUUUGAAGAAAAAAAUGAACUGAUAAGGGAUCUUGAAGCCCAAAUAGAAUGUCGGAAGAGUGGUCAAGAACGUUUGAAGAAAAAUAGAGAAGAAGAAACAGACAAGCUCAAUGAAGUGAUUGAAAAACUUCAGGAGGAAUUGUCAUAUAUUGAACAGAAUAUGUUGGUGGAUACCAGUUCCCCCUCAGAACAAGAGGACAGCUUGAAACAUCAGUUGGAAAAGGUUAUAGCUGAAAAGCUGGCUUUGGAACAGCAAGUAGAAAUCACUAAUGAAGAAAUGGCCUUCACAAAAAAUAUACUUAAAGAAACCAAUUUUAAAAUGGAUCAGCUAACACAAGAAUUAGUCAACUUGAAGAGAGAACAUGACCAUAAGGAAAAAAUCCAAAGUGUACCAGACGAAAGUGUUAGCAUGACUAUAGAUGAUCUCAGCAAAGACCAACCCGAACUGGAAGUAAUCCAUAUUGAAGAUGUUCUUAAACCCCCUGAGAACAAGAUGUAUCUCAGAUCUUUUGAAGAAAGCACCAAAGUUUCCAGAAAUUUGGAAACAAAACUGCUACAGCUUGAGAGCUCUGUUAGCGCAAAGGACUUAGAACUUAUCCAGUGUUAUAAACAAAUAGAAGACAUAAAAGAACAAGGCCAAUCUGAAACAGAAAUGCUUCAGAAGAAGAUCGUAAACCUACAGAAAGUACUUGAGGAGAAAGUAGCUGCUGCUCUUGUAAGUCAAGUCCAACUUGAGGCAGUUCAGGAAUAUGUGAAAUUCUAUCAAGAUAAAGGAGUAGCUUCAUCAGAACUUGAAAAGGAAAAUAUGCAGAAUUUAAAUCAAAUAACAGAAAACAAGAUGGAGUCAGAUAUGUCUGCAUUAACCUUGAGAAUAUCAGACUUAGAAAGACAAGUGAUUGAAAUGCAUACUACUUUGAUUUCAGAAAAAGAACAAGUGGAAACUGCAGAGAAAAAUGCUUUGGAAAAAGAAAAGAAGCUGAUAGAACUGCAGAAGUUAUUGGAGGACAGUGAGAAAAAAAUAGAAGGAAAAGAAAGGAAAAGAAGCCCUCAUGGAGAUUUUGUUCUCAAGACAGCUACUGAGUUAAUAAAUGCCCGUGGAGAAAGUGGAUUUUUUGAAGAACUUGAGGCUCUUAAAAUCGAGUUAGUGGCUACCAAAGAAGAACUUGCCACUUUCAAAGAAAGGACAGAAAAACUUCAAAAAGAGCUUUUGGUAAAAGAGACAAAUAUGGCAUCUCUUCAGAGAGAUUUAAGCCAAGUUAAGAAUCAGCUUGGUGAGGAAAAAAAGAAAUUAUCCCACUUCUUAAUAAAAGAGGAUAAGUCUGAAGUACUAACAAACAGAAACAUCUGCUUAGAGCCACUUCCUGUUGAAGUAGGUAAAAACACUGCAUCCCAAACGGACCAAAUACUCAAGGUCAACAUGAGCAACCAGACUCCACAAAUUCUUGUUAAAAAUGCAGGAAUUCAAAUUGAUGUACAGACUAGCUGUUCCUCAGAAAAAGUCUCUGAAAUAAUUAGGCAAUUUACUGAAAUAAUUGAACGCAUACAAGAACUUCAUGCCGCUGAAAUUUUGGAUAUGGAAUCCAGACAUAUUUCAGAAACUCAAACUUUAAAGAGGGAACAUUAUGUUGCUGUUGAGUUACUGACAGAGGAGUGUGGUACAUUGAAGGCAGUGAUACAGUGUCUGAGAUCUUUUAAAGAGGGAUCCUUGAUUCCUGAAAUAACGUAUUCUAAUGCUUACCAAACUAGAGGAAUCUAUUCCAGUGAUUCUGGAUCAGACUGGAGUCAGGGAGUUUAUCUUACGCAAAAUCAGGGAUUUGACACAGCAUCAGAAGGACGAGGAGAAGAAGGUGAAAAUUUAACACAAUCAUUUCCAAAGAAAAUAAAGGGAUUACUGAGAGCUGUUUAUAAUGAGUGCAUGCAGGUGCUUUCUCUCACUGAGUCACCAUGUGGUGAUAGAGAAGAUCAUUCUAUUCAACAGGUUUCAGAAUUUUGGCUAAAAGAGAGAAGAGCUUACCUUAAUAUCAUCUCAUCUCUUAAGGAAUUAAUUACCAAAAUACAAGUGCAAAGGGAAUCUGAGGUUUGUGAUAAUUCUCAAUCUCAUGAGAGCCUCCCGGACUGGCGAGGGGAAUUUCUACUUGCUCUCCAACAUGUUUUCUUAAAGGAGCACAAUGUUUUGCUGGCUGCAUUUCAGACUGAACUGACAGCUCUAGGCACUAAAGAUGCAGUUGGAUUAUUAAAGUGUUUGGAACAGCGAAUACAAGAACAGGGUAUUGAAUAUCGAGCAGCUAUGGAAUAUCUCCAAAAAAUAGACAGAAGAAGCUUAUUAUCUGAAAUUGAAGUACUACGUGCUCAAAUUAAUGACAAGAAAAUGACCUUGAAAAGAGAACAAGAAAAUGAUAAACCAAACCUAGAACUUUUGGAAUAUACUAUGCAGCAGAAGCAGUCUCAAAUUCUGGAGAUGCAAGUGGAGCUCAGCAAUAUGAAAGACAAAGCAAGUGAACUUCAAGAACACCUGAGUUCAGAAAAAAUGGUAGUUGCUGAACUAAAAAAUGAAAUUGCACAAACGGAAUUGGAACUUGAAACAACACUCAAGGCACAGCAUAAGCAUCUAAAGGAACUAGAAGCAUUCAGAUUCAAAGUAAAAGACAAGACAGAUGAACUACAUUUGCUUAAUGAUACACUAGCAAGUGAACAGAAAAAAUCAAGAGAGCUCCAGUGGGCCUUAGAGAAGGAAAAAGCCAAAUUGGGACGCAGUGAAGAGAGAGAUAAAGAACAACUUGAGGACUUGAAAUUUUCACUUGAGGAUCAAAAACAGAGAAAUAUUCAACUAAACCUACUUUUGGAAGAACAGAGACAACUACUAAAUGAAUCACAGCAGAAAACAGAAUCACAGAGAAUGCUAUAUGAUGCCCAGUUAUCAGAAGUACAAGGCCGAAACUUGGAGCUUCAAGUACUUCUUGAGUCUGAAAAAAUUCGUAUUCAAGAAAUGAGUAGUAUUCUAGAUAGGGAACGGCAGUUCCAUGCACAGCUACAUAGCAGUGACAGUAGUGGGCAGCUUCAGUCAUCAUUACCCUCAGAUGACCUACUUAUAGAGCUACAGAAAGAGCUGGAGGAAAAACACCGUCGUAUAGUAGAGUUGUUAAAUGAAACUGAAAAAUACAAACUGGAUUCUUUGCAAAUGAGACAGCAAAUGGAAAAAGAUAGACAGGUUCACAGGAAGACGUUGCAGACAGAACAGGAGGCCAAUACUGAGGGGCAGAAAAAAAUGCGUGAGCUCCAGUCCAAAGUUGAAGAUCUUCAGCGCCAGCUGGAGGAGAAGAGGCAACAAGUUUAUAAGUUAGACCUUGAAGGAAAGCGAUUGCAGGGAAUUAUGCUGGAAUUCCAGACACAAGAACUAGAACGAGAAGAAAAACGAAGUAGACGAAUUCUAUAUCAGAAUCUUAAUGAGCCAACCACCUGGAGCUUAACUAAUGAUCGAACAAGGAAUUGGGUUCUUCAACAGAAAAUAGAAGGAGAGACAAAAGAAUCAAAUUACCCUGAAAUGAAUGGAGGGGAAACUGGUUAUAACCAUGAAAUAGAAAUGCUCAGACAAAAGCUUCAACUUGUGGCUUCAAAACUGCACCAUCUAGCCCAGAAAGCCUCUAAUAGACUACAGUUUGAAACAGCAGAUGAUGAAGCUUUCAUUUGGGCACAGGAAACUAUUGAUGAAAUUACUUUACAAUUACAGAAAUUAACUCACCAACCAGGUGAAGAGCCUACCUUAGUAUUACCAGGUACUUCUGGGUGUUCAUUAACUGAAAGACUACUCAGACAAAAUACUGAACUGACAGGAUAUAUCAGCCAACUGACUGAAGAAAAGAAUAAUUUGAGGAAUGUGGUCGUGAAUAUGGAAGAGCAGUUGAGGCGCUGUCAACAGACAGGAACUGGUGGAGAUUAUUCUUCUAGGUUUUUAUUCUGUGGUGAUGCCAACCUUGAAGCCAUUAUUGCUUCUGAAGAAGAAAUAUGGAUCAUGGAAAAAUCAGCUCUUCAGAAAACCUUAAAAAAAACGGAAGCUGAAGUAUAUAAACUGAAAGCUGAACUGAGAAAUGACACUUUACUUCAGAAUCUGAACUCUGAUUCUGAAAAUACCUCACUAAAGAGGACUUAUGGUAAAUACUUGAGGGCAGAAAGUUUUCGUAAAGCUCUCAUUUAUCAUAAGAAAUACCUGCUGCAAUUAUUGGGCGAAUUCCAAGAAUGUGAGAAUGCCACCAUAACGCUCCUUGCCUGGAUGCGGGGUCAGCCAGCCUUCACCAAUCUGGAGUUCAUCAGCCGCCCAAAGGGCUUAGCCAGAUUUCGUUCAGCUGUCAGAGUGUCCAUUGCAAUUUCACGAAUGAAAAUUUUGGUUCAACGGUGGCAGCAAGUCACAGAUUCUAGUUCCACCAAUGUUAACAGGGAUGGCUUUGAACUGAAUCCAGGUGCUGAAAAGACUGACCCAUUUUAUCAUUCUUCUGGUGAACUAGAGCUAGAUGGAGAACCAAGACAUACAACAUACCGCUCAAGAUCAGAUCUGGAUUCUCCUAGGUGCCUUUUACCGUUUCAAAAUAGGUCCCCAGGCACCCUAGCUGAUUUAAAUCCUGGUUCCACAGCGUGCUCUCACCUUCAGAAUUAUGAUCAUAGAGCCCUGGCAGAUUAUAUCACUCAGCUAGAGGCACUACAAAGAAGACUUGGAACUGUACAGACAGGUGCUUAAGUUUAACCACUUAUUGGUAGUGCCAUAGUGCUAGACCCACAGCUCUCCUCAUUUUGAAAGCUUAAACUGUGUAACCAGCAGCACAACUAACUUUAGAGUAUUCAAGACAUGAUUUAUCACCUCAAAUCCUGCCCACCCCCAAAUAAUUCCCCUACUAUCUCUUCAUUCAGUAGAUUGCUCAUAGAAAACACAUGAUUGAAGACUAAUGUGGGAAGGUGCUCUGAGGUAAUGCAUGGUAGAAAGUGGUGAGGCCUACAGAUACUGGUGAGGAAGAGGAUUGAGCACUUAGUACAACCAUUAUCCCUACUACUGCAUGGUGCUUUUAAGAGUGAUCCAAAAAAAAAUCCUAACAAUGAUCUUUUACUUUUCUUUCCUCAAAAAUAUCAAUAUCAUACUUGAUAACAGAAGUGGAUUCUCUAUUCAUUAUGAGAAAACUUCUUUUCCCUGUCUUCCUUUAGUUCACUUCU